AAUCACAUUUCCAAAUGUUUAUCAUUACAACACCUUAUAAAUACUCCUUGAAUCCAUUGAGAUGAAUGUGCAAAAUUCUAAUAUACUUUUUAAUCAAUACAAAAAAAAAAACUUUGUGGAAUACAUUGAUUUUCUCAACUAAAUCCACUUAUAUGGAUUUUAACGUGACAAGAUUAAGUCACGGCCUAGUUCCACCCUCGGAUCCGACCCCUUCCGGCGUGCUUGAUCUCUCCGUCAUCGACCGGCAGCCGGUGUUAAGGUGUAAUGCACGAACCCUGCACGUGUUUAGACAGGGCGGACCAACUCCGGCAGCUGAAGUUAUCCGGCAAGCAUUGUCCAAGGCAUUGGUCCCUUAUUAUCCUCUAGCCGGAAGGUUAAGAUUCGGGAAUUCCGAUGACGAUUCACGGCUUCAGAUAACAUGUUCCGGCGAAGGCAUUUGGUUCGUGGAGGCUAACGUUGAUCGUAGCCUUGAAGAAAUGAAUUACUUCGAAAAUGCAAUGUCUAUCCCUAUUGAUACUAUUGAUAAGCUUUUGCCUCCGCAUCCUGAUGCAGCUGAUAAUCUAGAUCCAUUGGUGCUAAUUCAGAUAACUCAAUUUAACUGCAAUGGUUUUGUGAUGGGCCUAACAUUCUGCCACACAAUUUGUGAUGGACUGGGAGCUGCACAAUUCCUGAAAGCAGUAGGAGAAAUGGCCCAAGGAGCAGAUAAGCCCAGCAUGAUACCGUCUUGGAGCAGGGACUUAAUUCAAUCACCAGCUCUAGAAGCUUACUUAAACUCAUUUCCAAAAACGCCCCUUCCACCACCAGUUCCCACAUACCAGCUUGAGCAUACUUCUAUAGACAUCACAACGGAUUAUAUCAAUAGGGAAAAACAAAAUUUCAAAGCCGAAACCGGAGGCCGAAAUUGCUCGUCGUUUGAAAUUGUAGCCGCAAGCUUUUGGAAACACAGAACACAAGCAAUUAGCGAUAGUCUAAAAGAAGACACUGAAUUAAAGUUGGUGUUUUUCGCGAAUUGCCGUCAGUUUGUGCACCCGACUUUGCCCCAAGGCUAUUACGGUAAUUGCUUCUUCCCGGUGACCAUCUCGGCUUCUAGUGGGCUGCUGAAGCAGGGUUCCAUAGUCCAAGUGGUGAAAUUGAUCCAAGAAGCCAAAGCAGACUUGCCCAAUGAGUUUACGAAAUGGAUCAAGAGUGGUGUAGUCCAAGGUGCUGACCCAUUCUUGCCACCUAUGCUUUACACAACGCUGUUCAUUUCGGAGUGGGGUCGGCUUGGGUUCAACGAGGUUGAUUACGGGUGGGGCCGCCCCGUCCACGUGGUUCCGAUACAAGGCUCCAGCGUCAUUCCGGUCGGAAUUGUGGGAUGGCUGCCGUCUCCCCGGUCCGGAAUCCGGCUAAUGACGUGGUGCGUUGAGAAAGACCAUCUCUCGUCCUUGGCCUAUUAUGAUCUCGGAAAAAGAAGAUGAAAACUAGGGCAAAAUUCAAAAAUUGAAUUUUUUGACUCCCAAACCAAACUUAAUAAAAUCCCAGUUCCAAUGGUAAAUGAAAAUAAUCAACCUAAUGAAAUUUUUUUUUCUUGAUUUUUAAAUCUUUAAAAAUCUUGUUCCGCCUUCGAAAUUACGAUUCUUGUUUUAAUUCAACUAACUAACGUGACCGGUGGCGGAGUACAUGUUAACACAUUGACAACACGCAAAAAAGAGGGUUCAGGUGAUUACAAUUGUAUGUUUUGGGCGUUACUUCCGGUAAGUGGUUUUACUUGGAAGUUGGAACUAGCAGAAGUUUGUCAAUGUAACUAGUAAAAGUAAAAAUACAUUUGUCAAAUGUUUGACAUUGUCUUUUCUUCUUUUUUUUUUGAAAAAAAAAAAACCAGAAUGUUUGACAUUAUUGAUAGUCAAGUUCUCAUCUUUUUG